GGAGGCGGCCAUAUUUGGUGGUUGGCGGGUGUGCUGUGCGCGCGCCCUCUCUCGCUCUCUGCUGCCUCGCCCCGGCAACACACGUGUGAGUUUACCUUCUCCUCAACCCCUUUUCUUCUCCCUGGCGUCACCUACACCUGGUCACCACCAACAUGUCAGAGGAGCUGCAAGCAGAUUUUGAGGGUGGUGAUUCGGGUGCUUCCCAAGUGUACCCUGCCCAGUGCUCCUCUCUCCGCAAAAAUGGACAUGUAGUGAUCAAGGGCCGUGCUUGUAAAAUUGUGGAAAUGUCAACCUCAAAAACAGGCAAACACGGACAUGCAAAAGUUCAUCUUGUUGGUAUCGACCUUUUCACUGGUAAGAAAUAUGAAGAUAUUUGUCCCUCGACCCACAACAUGGAUGUGCCUGUGGUGAAGCGUGCCGACUACCAGUUGAUUGACAUAUCUGAUGAUGGCUUUUUGUCUCUAAUGAUGGAAUCUGGUGACUUACGUGAUGAUAUUAAAAUUCCUGAAGGUGAAGUUGGUGUAGAGAUAAAAACAAAGUUUGAAAAUGGUGAAGACCUUCUGCUGACAGUUCUUUCUGCUAUGGGCCAGGAAAUGGUGGUAGCCACAAAGCCCAACAUGAAGUAAAUCACUUGCUGCUACUGCCACCACCACUUACUACUACUACUACUUCUGCUACAACAACUACUAGUACUUCUGCUACAACUACCACCACCUACACAACCAACCAUUAUCUCGUUAAAGUAUAUUUUUUUCAUAUUGGACAACUGCAAGACGGUUAAUGGUUGACAUCUGUGAUUACAAUGGGAGUAUGCCAAGCCCAGUUGGAGAUUGGGUUAUUCAUGAAGCAAGAUAGAGUAGAUGUAUGUACCCAUCUCAGCCUCAUUCAAAACAUCACCUUCACCGAUUGUGGCCCUCUUAUUUGAGCAUCAAAAUUGCUCUAGGAAUAAGGGGACGAAGACCUAUUCCGUCACGUUAACUGGUACACGGGAGGUCCAUGUGGACAUUUGAUUUUAGAAGUUUGAUUACCCCCUUUUUUGUGGAAGGGCAACAUCCCAGCGUGUGUUUGCUUAAUUACUGAAUACCCUUGUGGUUGAUUUAUUCAUGUGACCAAAUGAGGAAUAAAUGGUGUGUUUAAAUGGCGUUUGAUUGUAUAAACAAUCCAAGCUUCAGUGCAGGAGAGCCUUUUCCUUUUUUACUCUUAUCAUAUAAUGUGGGCCCGUUACUUGGGUUGGAGAAAAGCUUUUAUCUAACUUGUUUUUGUACUUCAUUGUGCAUAAUUAAUAUGCUGAACACUAGAAUAAAAAUUUAUAACCAUUCCAAUGUUAAGAUGCUCUUUCAUUCACAUAUCCCCAGGAUUAAAUAUUUGAAAAAUUUAAAUAAUAAUUGGAUUGGUAGUAAUAGAUUGCAGUAGAAAGCUUGCUUAACAAAACUUGGGGAUUCAUCUUGCUGUUCAUAAUCACAAAUUAAUAAUAAUGAAAAGGUAUUGAACCUGUGUGUGUGGGCACACAAAAUUGUGAUACAGUACUUGAUUUGUAGUAUGCAUCAGUACUAAUGCAAGUGCUAGGGAUUUUAAGUGAAAUGUUCCUGCCUUUGUUUGCAAUAAUUCAUAUUCUUUAAAAUGGUCAUGGUUUCAGUGUUUAUUAAAGUUAUGUCCCUGGCAUUACAGAAAAAGGAAAUUUUACAAUAUUUGUUUUUGGAAAACUUGAUCAGAUGCCUACUUGUUUAUUCUAAGAAUAAUAUCAGUUUAAAAGAAUAUAGGUUAUUCUGAGCAAGUGUAUUUAUACAUGAAAUUUUUCCUUAAAAAAUGUAUUUACAAUAAAUUGUAGCUUUUGCAGUUUACAUGUUUUUCAUAUUAAAAUAAAAGGAAUGGCUCUAGUUAGCAAAUAAAUAUUUGCUGCUAAUCUACUCGAUAAAAUAUCAUUUGGUAACUUGCAGAACAGAUCGAGGAAUUUCGCACUGGGUGUGCAACCUCCAUCUAGCGCUGAACCUCCAAUCCUAGUAGCAUCAAUAGGAAAGUGAAUAAACAGAUUCAUUGUCUUAGUACCAUACCCAAGACCUGGCAUGCAUUUUGCUUACAUUACAAACAAAAAUUGAUUGGCCUCUUGAUGAACUGUCGACCACUUCAACAAGUUACUUGUUUAAAUUCAUCUGCAUGUUAUGAUGUAUAUAUCAAUGUUGAUUAUGCAAAACGUUCAUAUUAAAUGUGUGCAUUAUCCAUAAUGAAGUUGAAUGAAAUGAUUGGAGAGUAAGGCAUGGUUGGGUAGUGUUGUUAGACCAUGAAGGGAUAUUAUACUAGAUGCACUUUUUUACAGGCUUACUUUCACUGGUUACAAAUAUUUUCAGUGUCUGGUAGGGAAAGUAGGUUUUGAAUUGUAUAUUUAAAUAUUAGUUUUUACAUUCUGUAAGUGAAGUAAUAUUGGUGGGGUAUUUGCUAAGGUAAUGAAAUUAAUAUACUCAAUGUAUAAUUGUAUAAAAGAUAAUGUUUCCUCAAGACCUUUGAUCAUAUUACUUGCUCAUGUGUUUAAUCUAGACUGUAAAGUAAUUGUUUUUUUUUUAAAGGGUUUGUGAACUUGCAAGGACUAGUAUCAUUUAUGCCAUGUUACAGCUGAACAUAAAAUAUGCACUUGCUUAUGGAAUGUUUAAAGUAUUUUUUUUUUUGGCAAUGUGGUCACAUUUGCUGUAGACCGACCUGUAUAAAAGUGAUCUUUAAAAUAGCAAUCUGGUUAUUUAAUAUUCUGAACGGCAUUUAUUUUUUUGUAUGAAGGUUUACUCAUGCUGAAUACAGCUGUGUAAUAAGGUUGCUUGAGCUUUAAAUUAUCACUGUUUCUCUUUAAUAAAGCAAUAUAAUUUUUA